AUGGGGACGGAGGUUUGGUACGACUUGGUGGAGCAAAGCACGCGCCGGCGCCCGAAGCACACGGCGGCGGCUAUCGCGCAGCUUGCCGACCACGAGACGCUGUUGGACGAUCUCCGCCGCAAGAUCCAUCGAGACUGCCUCCUCACAGAUGUCGUCGCCGUGAAUCGACUGCUAGUCUUCGAGACUCGAGAGGCGUACGACUCGCACGCCGAACCAUUGGACGCUGACGCCCUUGUUGAAGGACUUGGCAGCUCGAGAGAGAAGGCGGUCGUCGUGGAGAUUCCGGACGCGAAGCAACCGGGUGCGACGCGAGCGCAAGAAGUCGUGCUGUCUAUGGCCAUUGAUGAGCCUCACGCUGCAGCCUUCCAGGCCUACGCCAUUGUUGCUGAACGCCUCAAGCGAUCCGAGGGUGUGGCGGCGAUGGAAGCAACGCUCGAGCGCGUGGACCAGUCUGGUAAUGGGCGCUUCGUCGUGCUGGAGAACUCGUCAGGCACCGGCAAGACGCAAAUGGCGUUCAACCUGACUGCGAGUGGAGUGUUUGACGUCUUUUACGUCUUGUGCACGCUUCCAGGGGACAUGGAGCAGUCUGUGUACCGAUCCUUUCGCAGUCGGACGAUGUCCUUCCUGGCGUGUAUCAACUUCGACGUGGGGGUCCUGCGAGAGGGCUCUGUGGCCGAGUUCCAAACCAGCAUACGCCUGCACCUGUAUGCCUUCAUCGUAGCAGCUCUGCGAGGUGACGACUCGUGCCAGGGCGAAGCUACGCGUGCUGAUGUGGAGGAGGUUCUUCGCCAGCGGCAACAGCGCAACGCCAAGCCCUUUGUCUUCUUCCUGGACGAGUUUCCUCGAGUCGGUUCCCUUCUGACUGGCCAGCAGCGCCAGCUUCGUGAGAAGGAGAUCCGGUCGAUGCGCAACGUGUUCCGCUCAUUCGGACUGUUGGUCGUCACCAGUUCGACUAACGGCACUGCGCGAACUCUUCAGUCGGUUGGUGAGCGCUCGAGAGUGACGUCGGAGUUUGGGCAAAGAACUCCAUGGUGUGAGGUGGUCCCUUCACUCCCGACUCUUGCUAUCCGCCACGCAGACGAGCAAAUACCCAGUGAGAUAAUGUGGAUCUUCCAGCACAGUCGUCCGUUGUUCGUUGAAUCAGCUUGGCACUACGUGGAGAAGAACCCUUACACGGGAGAAAACGCGGUCGAUCGGCUUGAGUAUCUGACCCGCAUGACGGCACACCUGGCCCCACGGUUCCGAGCUUUCAAAGAGAGGAGACGGCCACAAGAGUUUGAGCUCGGUCAGGCCUGUUUGCUCAUCGGAUCCAGCUACAAAGUGGUCGACAGAUGUGUCGACCUGGUCGAUAGCCACUUCGCAUGCUUUGAAGAGCGGGAGCCCUUCGAGCUCGAGCUAAGUGGCGCAGGCCGAUUGCUGAAGAAGGGGAAGGACUGGGAGGGCCGUUGUGAGUUCCCGCAGAUGGAGAAGGACUUGCUGCUUUAUCUGACGCUGACGGGGGGGGACCACGUGCAGCUUCCCUCUCGGCACUGGGGUUGCGAAGCCGUACUGCGUCCGACGAAGACCCCACUGUAUCGGAUUCUACAGCAUCCGUUCUUGGACGAUCCGAAAAAUAUCUGCAGACCUUCGCAAGCGAGUACAUGUACGCGCCUCAGUGCUCAAGUGAGUGCUGCUAUUGGCGUUGCAAGCCACGUCGGCGGCUUUUAUGGGGUGAAGUUGCCGGCUUUCUUGGGCAGACUGUUGUAUGAGCUGGGCGUGGCUGAACGGGCUGACACGAUCGUAGACUUCCCUCCACGCCGGACUACGAAUGGUGUCGAGAUGGACCACAGUGUGAACGCAGUGACAGUUCCGUUCCUGUCUACGCCGCAUACGCGUUGGCCGGAAGCGUUUUUGGAGACCUGGAAGGAUAGUCCUGCUCAAUUCGCCAACUUACUGUGCACACCACGGUCGAAGCUACUGGAUUUUGAGGCCAAGUCGACUGCUGAGAAUGACCAAAGGAUCCUUUCGGGCGUCGUAUUCGAUCGUUGCGGUGCGGUUUCGCUGAAGGAUCUUGAAGGUGUUCUCGCUGGUGCUCCAAACUCGACAAUUCACCUUGUGGUUGUGAAGACGCUGCAGAAGACUUACUUCACCAGAAGAUCUUCUCCGGCGGACGUGGCGGCAAAUGCCGAUGGAGAACCGGGCAUCGCUGCCUUGCAUGGAUUGACACUCGAGUCUGCUUUCUCAGGGACUCCUGCUGGGCUUCUGGAGAAUACGAAGCUGCAAUGCGCCGAGUUUUACCGCGUAACAAAAGAAUCUGAGCUGCAACCAUUUCAGGAGCUGAUGGAAGCGAGAUCUUCUGUGAGCAGCAUCUCUCAUCAUGACACUCGAAAGGAAAACGGGGCAGGCAGGGUGGUUCUCUUCGUCGAGGUCGGGGACUGGGGUCAAGCGAAGAAAAGGAAGCUGCCAGCUAACUACGAGUUAGGAGAGAAGCUUAGUAAGAUAAGGUCCUACUACUAG